GAGCUCCAUAUUCUCAACAUCAACAAUCUCUUCAAUUCACUUUCCAACUGCCAAAAUGCUUAUCGUAGAGUCCCAUAUAGAUGUGCCGACCAAGGCAGACGGCGUGGAGGGAUCAAUGAGGAUCUUCCUCUUCCACCCUUCCAUCCCCGGCUACCCCAACGCCAAAUUCCCCGGCGUAGCCCUCUUCUCCGAAAUCUACCAAGUAACCGGCCCCGUCGCCCGCUUCGCCCGCUCCAUCGCCUCCGCGGGCUACAUCGUCGCCGCCCCCUCCUCCUACCACGACUUCGUCCCCUCGGACCCCCUCGCCUACGACGUCCCCGGCACCGACCUCGGCAACGCCCUCAAAGCCAAGAAGACCCUCGCCUCCUACGACGCCGACAGCUCCGCCACCAUUGACGCCCUUCUCGCCCUGCCGACGUGCACCGGGCGGCUGGGGGCUACGGGUAUGUGUCUCGGUGGCCACCUGGCGAUCCGGUGUGCGUUGGAUCCUAGGAUUAGUGCGGCGGUUGCGUAUUUUGCUACGGAUUUGCAUAGUGCGACUCUGGGUGCGAAUAAUCCGGAUGAUACGCUGGCGAGGUGUAAGGAGAUUAAGGGGGAACUGGUGUGUAUUCAUGGCACGCUGGAUACGCAUGUGCCGCCGGCAGGACGGGAUAAGAUUCGGUUGAAGUUGAGGGAGGCGGGGGUGGUGUUUAGUUGGUUUGAGGUGGCGGGGGCGCAGCAUGCGUUUAUUAGGGAUGAGAUGAGUAAGGGGCGGUUUGAUGGGGCGGUGACGAGGGUUUGUUGGGGGAUGUUGGAGGAAGUUUUUGGGAGGGUUUUGAGGACGGAGUUGGGGGAGAGGGUGGGGGGUGGGGGGGAGGUGGAACAUGUUUGUUAG